UUACGUCAUUCAUUAUGACGUCACAAUAGACAAAGAUCUGAUAGGCCUCAGAUGUAAAGAUUUUACAGUGCGGUAAAAUCAAAAUGGCGGAAAAGAACACUGACGAUAACCCUGAAAAUCAGACACAGGGCAGCGAUGAGAACCUGUCGACUUUCAGCACUGGCAGACAGUUCAUCAGAGAUCUUAGAGAAAAUCUGGAUGAAGAACUUCCAUUCAGUCGCAGGAGAGUGGCUGAAUUGCGUGCACCAUUCAUGCACACACAGGAAGUAGGAUCGAUUCGGGAAAACAAAGUAUGGAAGGUAUCUCAGGAUGACCACAGAUGGGGAAUCUUUGACCCCUACGCAGACGACGAACCCAGAGACACCAACACCAGACGCCGAUGGCUUACAGCGAUGAUGUCUCGGUUAAGUAAACUACGACCUCAGCAGAAUAAAGUGGAGGAUGUGGAGGGGGAAAACCCAGUAAUAAAGAAGGAAGAGAAAAAAGAGGAGGAAAGAGAAAUUAAAGAAAAGAAGAACGGAAAAGAAACAGAGCAGGGAAAAGACAAAAAUGCGGAGGAAAAGGAAGAAGGACAGAAAGUUUCCGAAAUAGUAGAGUCAUGGUGA